UUACUGGGCAUUUACUGUGUGCCAGGGUCGUCUAUUUCCUCUUUUAGUAUUUUCAGGGCGAUUGUUGUUAUUGUAUUUUUACUGGUAGGUCCUGAGGGUGUUCAGUAAGGAACUUGCCCAAGGUCACAGGGCCAGGAAUCCACAGUCUUCUUUGCCAGGAAGCCUGGAGCUCAACGCCCAAGGUCGCCCACCACGCGGCUGCCCCUGCAGAGCGUCUCUGCGGCUCACGGGCGCUUCCCUCCCGCAAGCUCCCGCAGCCCCGGCCCUGCCUCGCUGACUGCUCUCCGCCUUCCAUGGCCGCCAUCUGAACCCGGGCUUCAGCUUUGUUCCCAGCCUCCUGGGGACUCAGAUUCCCUGACCCUGAUCCGAACCAGAAACGGAGAAAGACCCCUCGGGUGGCCUUCGAGGCAAUCUCUGGGCACACUCUGGGUGGCCACCAACAUCUAACAAACGGAUGUCUGGACCCUCAGAAAGGGCCAGGGGGUGCGGAGGAAGCGGGGCACACUUUUUGGACGAUGCUGGGGCUGGGGCCGUUGGGCAGGAGAUCGGCCCCUGUCUCUCCAGUCACAGGACAGUCCCCUUUCCUCUCUGGGCCAAACUGUAAGGAUUUGGACCCAUCCCUGCGCCCACAGCUGAGAACGCCCAGGAAGCGCGUUAACGUCAUCGCGCCCGGCCCAACGCAGCCAGGGAGGCCGCGACGACGCCAUCGCACCCUGGAGGCGGCCACUGCGCCUGCGCGGUCCGCGGCGCAUGCGCACAGCCUGAUGCCCGCGGUUUCUUCGCAGGCGGGGAGAACGGCCGUUGCUGACGGGGGCUGCCUGGACGACAGUUGACGGAGGUCUGGUGGGACAGUGUCAUAAAUUUGGAAUGCUGAAGAGAAAAUUAUAGAUUUUGAUAUUGAAGGAAAUGAAGCGAAGCCUAAAUGAAAAUUCAGCUCGAAGUACAGCAGGCUGUUUGCCUGUUCCAUUGUUCAAUCAGAAAAAGAGGAACAGACAGCCAUUAACUUCUAAUCCACUUAAAGAUGAUCCAGGUAUCAGUACCCCUUCUGACAAUUAUGAUUUUCCUCCUCUACCUACAGAUUGGGCCUGGGAAGCUAUGAAUGCAGAGUUGGCUCCUGUAAUGAAAACAGUGGACACUGGGCAAAUACCACAUUCAGUUCCUCGUCCUCUGAGAAGUCAAGAUUCUAUCUUUAACUCUAUUCAAUCAAAUACUGAAAGAAGCCAGGGUGGUUGGAGCUACAGAGAUAACAACAAAAAUACCAGCUUGAAAACUUGGAAUAAAAAUGAUUUUAAGCCUCAAUGUAAACGAACAAACUUAGUGGCAAAUGAUGGAAAGAAUUCUUGUCCAAUGAGUUCAGGAGCUCAACAACAAAAACAAUUCGGAAUACCCGAACCUCCCAACUUACCUCGCAACAAAGAAACCGAGCUACUCAGACAAACACAUUCAUCAAAAAUAUCUGGCUCCACAAUGAGAGGGCUAGACAAAAACAGUGCAUUACAGACAUUUAAGCCCAAUUUUCAACAAAAUCAAUAUAAGAAACAAAUGUUGGAUGAUAUUCCAGAAGACAACACUCUGAAGGAAACCUCAUUGUUUCAGUUACAGUUUAAGGAAAAAGCUAAUUCUUUAAGAAUUAUUUCUGCAGUUAUUGAAAGCAUGAAGUAUUGGCGUGAACAUGCACAGAAAACUGUACUUCUUUUUGAAGUAUUAGCUGUUCUUGAUUCAGCUGUUACACCUGGCCCAUAUUAUUCGAAGACUUUUCUUAUGAGGGAUGGGAAAAAUACUCUGCCUUGUGUCUUUUAUGAAAUCGAUCGUGAACUUCCAAGACUGAUUAGAGGCCGAGUUCAUAGAUGUGUUGGCAACUAUGACCAGAAAAAGAACAUUUUCAAAUGUGUUUCUGUCAGACCGGCAUCUGUUUCUGAACAAAAAUCAUUCCAGGCAUUUGUCAAAAUUGCAGAUGUUGAGAUGCGGUAUUAUAUUAAUGUGAUGAAUGAAACUUAAGUAGUGAUAAAAGGAAGUUUAAAUAGCAUAAAUUAUAGCGGUUUUCUGUUAUUACUUAAUUUACCAUCUCCAUAGUUUUAUAGCUACUGUUUUCUUGUAUUUCACUUGUUGAAUUAAAGUAUUUGAAUUCUUUUAAACGUG